AUGUCAGAAGAUUAUGAAAACUCUAAUCAUUUAGUGGGGAAAUUGCCACAGGACGAAUUGAAGAUGACAAGUUCGACAACCUAUGAGAGCACAGAUGCUGUGACAGCAUCGAAGAAACUGAAGUCGAAGCCAACAUCCAAACGAUUGAAUGAUGAUAAUUCGCCAGCAGUCAUUGCAAUGUCCAAUUUGAGAUGUCCCUCCCCUCCGCCUAUUCUUCAGCAUCCCGCUUUUCCGUCACAAGCACAUCAAUCAGUACGGCCAUCUGCCAAAGAAGGCGAACCUUUUUCUGGAGCGACGUCGAACUCUUCACAGCAAGACUCGGUGGACUCCUUGCCUCCGUCUGAUACCGCGUCUCCGGCAGUCGACUCUUCAGUUGGUAGAAAUGGGGCUUUAGGAGUAGGUGGGUCUGCUAAAUUCCAGGAGCAAGGAUUAAAUGUAUCCAGAUUAACGGAGUCUCUCAGGAAGACUUCUGCCAAACACGAAGGGCCGCGUUCUAACUCACCUAUAGUGAGACAUGAGGAAGAUGAUAUUCUUGCAAUGCCAGCUCCACAACAUCAGCGAACCACAUCUAUGCAUGCUCACUUUUCUGUUGAAGAUAUCAUGAAACAUCCUAAUGCUCGAUCGAGAUCUGGUUCAGCAUCUACUAAUGAUUUAGAGGCUCCGCAUCAUAUUGUUCCACCAUUGCCUCAGAUAAAGCCCAACGAAAUUGCACACCCGGCAACAUCUGUUCCGACGACCUCAACAGAUGUGCACUUGAGAUUACCUCAGGAUGAUGGCAAAUUACAUAUCCUUUUCGGUGCUUGCGGGUCUGUUUCAAUCAAGAAAACGCGACUGAUCAUCAACAAACUCGAACAAAUUUACAAAGACAAUGUAUCUAUUCAAUUAAUCCUGACGAAAGCUGCGGAGCAUUUUGUAUCAAGGGGUGAAUUUCCAGCCAAUGUACAGAUAUGGAGAGACAAAGAUGAAUGGUCCGUUUGGAAUAGCAGGACAGAUCCCGUUCUUCAUAUUGAACUAAGGCGAUGGGCAGAUGUUUUGAUUAUAGCUCCUCUGAGCGCUAAUACCAUGUCCAAGAUUGCCAUGGGUUUAUGCGACAAUCUUUUGACGAACGUUGUUAGGGCAUGGAAUACCCAAUAUCCAAUUAUCCUUGCACCAGCUAUGGUCUCCUUCGCGUACACAUCGCCUGUCACCAAAAGACAUGCAAAAACAAUCAAAGAAGAUAUGAAGUGGAUAGAAAUUUUGAAGCCGACAGAAAAGGUUGUCAGCAGCUAUGGAGAAAUAGGGAUGGGUGGAAUGAUGGACUGGAAUGAGAUUGUCGAUAAAAUUGUUCAGAAAUUGGGAGGAUAUCCUGAAGAUGAAGAUGACGAGGACGAUGAGGGCGAGGAAGAUGUAAAACGCGGUGAAGACGAAGAAGAUGAAGGAGACGAAGAAGAUGAAGAAAAAGAUGAAGAAGAAGAAGAAGACGACGAUGAUGACGACGAUGAUGGUGAGAAUGCAGGGGAGUCAGGAGAGCAGAACGAGCCGCCGUUGAUAAGUGGUAUAAGGAAGUUAACUGUUGCGGAAGAGGAUGAACUUAGCGAAGCGAUAGAAAAAGGCAAAUACUCGGGUUCAUCAAACAACAAGAUCAUUCAAUGA